GCGGUUACAGCUAUUACUAUGUUUACACUGACAGAGACAACAUGGCGGAGUCUGACGAGCCGAAAAAGGGCCCUUGUACUUUUUUGUUCAAAAAAUCUACAAAGAAGUUUUCCGGGCGAAAGAGAAAAGCAAGUGACAGUGAACAAGGUACUCUUUACUCAUCCUGAUAGCUAAAUAUACUGUGGCGUUCAUAAGAAGAGCAUCUUUUUCCGCUAGAAACUGUGGCUAUGCAAACGAUUAUAGGAUUCUAAACAGGAAUGAGCUCAGAGAAAUGCUUUGUAACUCCGAAGUAGUUCCAACAUUUUAGCAUGGUUAUUGAAACGUACCUUAAAAGGUGAAAACAGAUUAAUGAGAAGACGAGAAUUAAGUGCAGGCUAGAUAGUUUAUAUGACCACUAAACCGUGCUGUGCUGCGUUUGCUGUCCCUCGAAAAUAGGCAAUGCGUUAUUUUUCAACUUUCUAGUCAACCAGGUUUCACCAAGGGCAUAGAGAGACUGUCAUCGAGUUGCAUUUUCUGUUUACUUGUUUUCAAAGUCACUACUUCUCACUGAAGUAUAGUUUGUUGAAACUUUUCUUUUUCCAGAUGGCAACAGUGAUGAAGACCAGAGUUCCGUGGUUAGAAGGCAAAAGAAAGACGGUCCAGUCAACCCCAUGAUUCAAAGGGUACCAAGAUCAGUAUUUAUAGUAUUUAGUAAAUAGUAUUUAUCUAACACCUGGAAAACCUGACCCAGUCUUGUACCUGUUCAGACAAGAAAGGUGGAGAGAGACGCUGUGUCCUCCAGUGAGAGUGAAGAUGACAAAGAAGACCAGAAGAUCACUGUUGCCUACAAAUCCACUCGAUCGGCAGUGAGUUGAAAAUUCUUUAUUUAUGUACAGUGACUGUAACCUUUCCGCAUUCAACAUUUGAUGCCGUUAAACCACAUGCUCUUUGGAAGUAUGUCUCAGUCUUUGUCAUUGUCUCAUUCGUGCCCCAAAUAAGAAACCAGAGGGACCAGAGGACAUGGGUGCAACUGCUACUUAUGAGCUGGACACAGAGAGAGACAAGGAUGCCCAGGCCAUCUUUGAGAGGAGUCAGAAAAUACAAGACGUAUGUACUACAAUGUUGAUAUUCUUUUAAAGCCAUUCUAAACUACUACUAUACUUAGGUACAGUUUUCCUGCCAAAUGAAAAUGAUUAACUCUUUUUUUCCCCUCAAAAGGAGCUGACAGGGAAAGAAGAUGACAAAAUCUACCGCGGCAUCAACAAUUAUCAAAAAUUCAUCAAGCCUAAAGACACAACCAUGGGCAAUGCCUCCUCUGGCAUGGUCAGGUGAGUAACGAAACACUCAACUGGUGCUUUUUUAUGACCCCCCCCCCCCAUACACACACACACACACACACACACACACACACACACACACACACGCUAAUACAUGAUCAUUGGUGUUGAUACUUUUUUCCUAACCUGUUCAACAGAAAAGGUCCAAUCAGAGCUCCUGAGCACCUGAGAGCCACAGUGAGGUGGGACUACCAGCCAGACAUCUGCAAAGAUUACAAGGAAACUGGUUUCUGUGGUUUUGGAGGUGGGUAACUGUGUCAUCUGUGUAAUCACUAAAAGAUUGUAAAGCCUUAACCUCUUAUUUUGAUGUUCUCUCCUGCUUUUUAGAUAGCUGUAAGUUCCUCCAUGACAGAUCAGACUACAAACACGGCUGGCAGAUUGAAAGGGAGCUGGAAGAGGGCAGAUAUGGGGCCAACGGUGAGUUCAGGAAGAAGGUUUAAUGCCAGUUUUAUUUGUAUGCUGCAUCAGCAUUUGAGUAAUGUUGGUGUGUUCUGAUUUUAGAUGAUGAGAACUACGAGGUAAGCAGUGAUGACGAGGAUUUCCCCUUUAAGUGCUUCAUCUGCAGGGAAUCCUUCAAGAAUCCGAUCAUCACAAAGUAAGUUUUGAAAAAGAACUUCAUUCAUCCCUGAAGGGAAGUUCAAUAAGUUUGAAGUUCAAGCUCUAUACAAAGAUAUCCACAAGUUUUUUAUGCACAUAUCUACAAACCGCAGUAUGAUUCUGAGCUUGUAGAAGCUAGAUUAAAAAAAUGCAUCUAAUAGUCUCCCAAAUUUCAGAGAACUGUAGAAAAAUAUUUCAAGAAGCUUUGCACAGAGUCUAGUUUGGCAGUAUUUAUGGUUGAGGAACUGGGUGUCAUGACUGGAGGAGUUUGGAGGGAGCAAAACUACAAAAUUUCUGGUAUUUUUUGAACAGUUAUGGCCACUUGUGGUUGAAAAUCCAGAAUUGAUCUAACUUGCAGCCUUACUGACAUGUUUGUGACCUCUGAAACUCACUCAGAAUUGCCUCAUUGUUUUUCUACUUCAUCUGUCAGAGCCACAGACUCUCAAAAAGAGUCUGAAGCACAAAAAGCAAAGAGAUGAUGUGAAUGCAGAAGUCUUGUUGCUAAAUUAUACUUUUUAACAACUAACCUAUGUUAGUCCAAAAUUUUAAGCAAAGUGUUUUUGUGCUGCUAUCUAGGUUUUAUAUUGCAUUAGGAAUAUAUCUGGUAUAAUAAAGGUUUUCAAUAAGAAUCAGAUUUCUAACUGAAUGGUUGUUAAAUACCGGAUGCAAUAUAUUAACCAGUGAAAUAUUUUCCAGGUGCAGGCACUACUUUUGUGAGGCCUGUGCUCUUCAGCAUUACCGCAAGUCCAAGCGUUGCUAUGUGUGCAAUACUCAAACCAACGGUGUCUUCAACCCUGCGAAAGGUAAGCAGCUCUAAAAAAAAAAAAAAGAAAAGAUGAUGGCAACAGAAGGUUGGAGUAUUUCUGAGGCCUAGUUAAUAUCGAAAGCAGUGUUUUAAUCACAGUCUGCAUCAUGUUCCUCUCGCUCUGUGUGGGGAACAGAAGUUACAUGUGCAGAAAGCUGUAUUUCUCUGGUAUUUUAUCUGUCACUGUAGUGGACUUCCUCACCCCUUACUGGCCCAGCUUCCUUUUUGAAUAUUUGUGGUCACUGUUGUGAAAGCGCUUCAACAAAACUCAUGAUAGAAAAGAUGGAUCUGAUGUGUAUCAUUCAUACAAUUUCAUAUAUUUUUCUGCUUCUGUACUCCAGAACUGAUCGCCAAGAUGGAGAAACGUCAGGCCGCAUUAGACCAACCACCCUCUGAAGAUGAAGAUUAACAUCUGAACCUCUUUAACCUUAACCUUCUGUGUGUUGUCUGUGUAUUUUAUGAAUAAAGAGCUUUUUUUCUAGAUGGCUAACCCUAUCACUGUGUG